UCCUCCUUUAGGGCCACACUCUUCUUCUUCUUUCUUCUUUCUUCUUUCUUCUUCUUCUUCUUUCUUCUUCUUCUUCUUUCUUCUUCUUCCACAGGCAGCAAUGCUUUUCCUCUACCUGUUUUUCCUUCUCAUCUGUUAUGGGCCACAGCAGGCCAUUUCUACCCACUGCACCACUAUCACUGUCACAAAAACCUUUGAAAAAUGCAUGACACUCCCCACCCAACAGGCCUCCAUUGCCUGGACUUUUCACCCCCACAAUGCCACUCUAGACCUUGUCUUCUUUGGCUCCUUCAUUUCACCCACUGGCUGGGUUGGAUGGGGCAUCAACCCAACUUCAGCAGAAAUGACUGGUACCCAUGCCUUGAUCGCCUAUCCAGACCCCAACACGGGCCUGCUUGUUGUCCUGCCAUAUGUGUUAGACCCCACUGUUAAGCUCCAACGCUCCCCUCUCCUCUCUCGCCCCCUUGAUCUCCACCUCCUCUCCUCCUCCGCCAUCAUGUAUGGCGGCAGAAUGGCCACUGUCCACAACGGCGCCGCCAUUCAAAUCUACGCUACGCUCAAGCUCGUACCGAAUAGAACUAAAAUACACCAUGUCUGGAACCGAGGCCUCUACGUCCAAGGCUACUCGCCGACAAUCCAUCCAACUACAAUUAACGACCUUCUGUCCACCGCCACCAUUGAUAUCCUCUCUGGUUCCACAGGCUUUACACAUGACAACAUCCAAACAUUGAAGAUCGCCCAUGGGAUCAUCAAUGCCAUAUCCUGGGGGAUUCUACUCCCCCUUGGCGCCUUCUCUGCCCGCUACCUUAGGCACAUACAGUCAAUGGGGCCGUCCUGGUUUUACGCGCACGCUGGGGUGCAGCUCUCAGGAUUCUUCCUUGGGACAGUGGGGUUCGCCAUUGGAAUUAAGCUUGGGGAGAUGUCGCCGGGAGUGGUCUACGGGCUUCACCGCAAGCUGGGGUUUGGGGCAUUUUGCUUGGGAGGCCUUCAGACACUUGCUCUACUGUUUAGGCCUAAAACUACCAACAAGUUCAGGAAGUACUGGAAAUCAUACCACCAUUUUGUGGGGUAUGCUUGUGUGGUUCUGGGAGUUGUGAAUGUUUUUCAGGGGUUUGAGGUGAUGGGAUCAAGCAGAUCUUAUGCUAAGUUAGCCUACUGUUUGAGUCUGGCGACAUUGAUUGGAAUCUGUAUAGCUUCAGAGGUGAAUAGUUGGGUGAUUUUUUGUAGAAAAGCCAAGGAAGAGACUAUGAGAAGAGAAGGACUAAUUGGGGGAUCAGAGAAAGGAAGUGGAAGAAUGGGUUGAGUUGAUCAUUGAGAAAUCAUUAUCAGUAAUUGUAUUGAAACACAGAGUUGUUCAUAUAUGCCUCUGUGUGAGGUUCAUUUUGAUUUCACAUUUUCAUGGAUCAUAUUUAUAGCCAAAAAAAUGUGUUGGUUUUUAGACCCAGUUUUGUUCUUUUCUUAAUUUCUAAGAACAUAUGUUCAUCUUUUAAAUCUGUUAAAUGCAAUAAAAUGUGGUAUUUUCAUUUGAAA